UGAAUCCGUGAAUUGCGACUUCCGGAUCGGGACAGUGUGUUUGGCAUAGAUAAUAACACUCAGUCCUGCCAUGAGAAGGUCGUUGAAAAGUCCGGGUUAGUUGUCACGCGUGUUUGAGGUGUUCUCCUGUAGUAACUUGGAUUGUGAUAUUCGUUGACCAUGGGGAAUAGUCAAGCUUCCUCUCCUGAUGAACAUGAAGGCCAUUCUACUGCUCCAUCGAGAAGCACAAGACGGGCAUCAUCUAAGGCUCAUAAUGCUUCUCUUGUCAAACUUUUUGAGAAAAUGGAAAUAACAGCGGACUUAGGAAACUCCCACCCAGGGGAGUUGUCACAGACGACAUUCGAGAAUGCGUUCCAUGGUCCGCUACACAAGUUUGGGAAACUGAUGUAUCGCCAGAUGCUCAACGGCAACACUGUGAGGGACAGGAUUACAAGGGAACAGUUCGUGAAGUCCGGCAAGGAGAUUCUGAAGAAAUUCGAUGAAGUGGAACAGCAUAAAUAUUAUUUCAAGCUAUUUGCUGCAAGCAAGGAUUACUUAACGACUGAUGAUGCUCUACAGAUGGUGCAGAUCUCCUACGCCCUGACUCUGUCGGCAUCCAAGAUUCCCUUCAGUAAGCGUGACCGUGAUGACAAAGUGUUCGAGGCCAUGGUUACCAGCAUGUUCGGCAUCGAGACCCAGAUAUCCUACGAUGGUUUUGAGAGCUGGCUGAAGUGGAACUGUCCUCAUCUCUUCUGUGGUGUACACAACUGGGUCUACUUGAUCCUCACGGGAUCAACUCUGCCAUCAGAACUGGAGACAGCACCAGUGCCACAGCUGGAGGGCUUUGUGGAGGGCAGGUACAGCGUCACCAUGGGCAUGCUGUGGUUGUUGUCAGCGACGCUGCCCCAAGUCUACACUCACACCCCUCAGCAGGAACAACAGUCCUCCAACCCUCUCAUAAACUCCUACCAUCUCAUCAUGAAACUGGCUCGUCUGUCAAGGUGCCAGAGCUGGGCACUCCUUUACAACAGUGAUGACCAUGGACUUUCCAUAAACAGAUUUAACCACCAUGUGUCUUCCUAUAUGGGCCCCACCAUCACCCUUGUAGCGUUCGAAGGAAGAAAUCUGUACUGUAUUGCUAUGGAUACGGGACUACGAGAGGGUGACACACGGUUUGGAGGCGAGGACUGUAUGCUGAUACAGAUAUGUCCGGUGUACAGGGUCAUUCAGGCGGGGGAGAAGAUGUUGCUGUACAAUGACCUGAGCCGAAGUCUGCCCAGGGGUAUCGAGAUUGGAAAGGAUGUGCGAAGUCCAGUGCUGUUCAUACCACACGAGUUCGACUGCGUCAAACAUUAUGGCGUCAUGUGUAAUCUGCAGAAAAUAGAGGUGUGGGGCUGUGGAGGAUCGACAGUGAAGGAUGCUCAGCUGAAACAGAAGCAGUGGGAGGCUCGGGACACUCAGAGACACGCCCAAAGAAAGUUGCGUUUGGAGACGGAGAACUGGGGUGAAAACCCUGACAAGCAGAUCCUGGAGUGGGGCGGAGUCAGGGGAGGCCACUCUUACAACCGAUAAAACCAGCCACAUUCCAGAAGAUGGUGCUAAUCACAGACAAUUGGAUGGACAGCUGAAUAUUUAAUUGUGGUAUUUUAGCCAAGUGUCGUACUUUAGGAUCACACAAAAGUUUUCAGCCAUCAACUCAAAUCAGUGCGUUUGGCAUGUCAGGUGGUGUUUUUAAAACCUCUUCUUAUAAAAAUGUCCGUAGUAGACUGUCCCAAGUCUGUUUCCAGAAUUUGUGAAAACAGCAUUGGGGGUAUGUGAUACUUUGUCUCUGUCUGUUCAACUGCUAAAGUGAUAUACUCUGCUGUGCGGAGUUACAUGUCUUAAUCGAGCCAGGAUCUGCUGACUUUAAUCCCAAAAAUUCAUCUGUUUAUGGUCCUAGAUUUGAUCACGUGUGUGGAGCAUUCCUUCCUCAUCUGCUGAUGGUCAUGAAAAUAUUGUAAGCAGCAUAAAAUCUCGUCCAGUAAAUGAUAUGUUCCGUGAUCCAGUUUAUCUGACAUGUUGAUGCAGCUUCCACAAGAAAGAGACAGUGGCAGCCAUUUUUUUUAGCAUCUCCAUUGACACCUCCGGCUGUGAUAAUGGUUGGAAGUCCUAUUCCACAAUUUUAUGGCAUGUUGUUAAAGUCCCUGCUAUUUGUUUUAUUAUGAAGAUUUAUUUUAUUGUACAUAUUGUGUGUCAUGAAAUUGUUGUUUUAAAAAGAUAUAAUCGCACUGGGAACUCUGAUAAACAUAAUUUCUUCAUACCAUAAUGUGAAGGAUUAAGCAGCUAAUGCGGUUGUAAGCGUUUCCUGUAGGAUUAUUAUAUGUGAAGGAAGUUCUUCAUCAUCUUUGAAUAGGCCACAAGAAGUUAAUUAUGAAAGUUUCAUCCUUGCCCUAGGGUGGUGGGGUAGUGUUUGCUCGUGACGCUGAAGACACAGGUUCAAUUCCCCACAUGGGUACAAUGUGUGAAGCCCAUUUCUGGUAUCCCCUACCAUGAUAUUGCUGGAAUAUUGCUAAAAGCGGCGUAAAACUAAACUCACUCACUUGUUCACUCCCUCCUCCUUGCCCUCUGUGGCCAAAUGGAUACUGCUCCUGCUUGGAGGCUGGAAGGUUUAGUUUGAUCCCAGGUCAGGUCCUACCAAAAUACAUGUUGUUACCUUGCCUGGCUUUUGAAUAUUGGGUUGAAACAUGGACUAGCUGGUUUGGAGGCUCUGUGUAUUGUGUAUGAAUGGAGUGACUUUGUUCAACUGCCCAGGGCAGAAAUCAGUUGAAGUUCAGCAGCGUUGAUCACAUAGUCCAUAGAUAGGUGAUCGUGUAUGGCAGCUUGACUCCUGCGUUUCUAGUACUGAUCCACCCAACAAGGAAGCACACGUGACACAUGUGGUCUCACCUAAGGUAAAUAAGUUUGUUCAAAACUGUCUCUGUUCACCCAUUAGAAUAUGGGUACCCGGUGGGAUGAGUCAUGUGACUAUUAACCCACAGGCAGGGUAUCCAGGGUAAAUAAUGUCCAUUAUGUUGUGUGCUUAGAACAUGCCCAUGUUCAGCUCUAAUAAGUGGCCUUAUUAUUAUUAUUAUCAUCAUAUUACCCUUGAUAAGAGAGGAUGAUCCCAACUGCAAUAUUUCUCCAAUAAUCAGAAUGAUUGAAAACCAGGUUUGAGGGUAUCUCUUUGUUUAUUGAGUUCCCUACACUGACAGCUUCUUUCCCAGUGAAGUCUUUUUGUUGUGUUUGAGUUGCAUGUGGUGUGUUAGAGCUUUUGGUGCUGUUUAAGGUUGAUCAUGAGACAGGCAUGUGAUAAUAGCUAUAUCAGUUAUGUUUAGCAAUCAGAUGAGCAAGUCCCAAACACAUUUUAUCACUUAACAUUGUUGUUUUAAUAAUGUAGUAUACUUUAUUUUCUCAAUAAACAUAGCUUUUCUCUUCCA